UCACCCCGGGCCCCCACCCCCUCUCUUCGGUGUGCUACAAAAACAUGCAGUCAGGUCAUGGCCGAAGACACGCUCCCGUCGGGACACUUCCAGUUGCAACCAUGUUCUGUGUGGUUGUGCUCGCGCUGCUGGCCACUGUUUCCAGUGUCAAGUGCGAACAGUUGACCCAGUUGCCGUCUUUGACUUUGCAGUCCGGUGGGGACUUGACCAUCACCUGUCAGGUGUCUUAUGAUUUGGAUGACUACUACACUGCGUGGGUCAGGCAGGCGGCUGGGAAAGGACUGGAAUGGAUCGGGAGGAGAGCACAGCAUGGGAUCUAUCACCUCAAGAAUUCCCUGAGUAGCAAAUUCAGUAUUGAACUCAACCCCUUCAACCGAACAGUAACCCUGAAUGGACAGAAUAUGCAGCCUGAAGACACGGCUGUGUAUUACUGCGCCAGAGAAUUCACUCAAUGUGACCGUGCCUUUGACUACUGGGGCAAAGGAACCCAAGUCACAGUUACGGGAGGUACACCAAUCAAACCGACCCUUUUUCCCCUGAUGCAAUGUGGCUCCGGAGCGACGCUCAGUCUCGGCUGUCUCGCCACCGGCUUCACGCCUUCUCCCCUGACCUUCACCUGGAGCAAAGACGGAAACGCCUUGACUGACUUUAUUCAGUAUCCUUCAGUUGAAAACAACAACCUCUACACGGGAGUCAGUCAAAUCCAAGUGAGGAAAGUCGACUGGGAUAACAAGGCCGAAUACCGAUGUGUUGCCGAGAAUUCCAACGCAAAUGUUGAACUGACGAUCACCAAAACGGAAGAGGCCUUCUCAUUGCCAACAGUCAAAGUGUUGGCCGCUCCCGAUGGGCAAGAUGAGGCGUCCUUUGCCUGCUUUGCCAAAGAUUUUUCCCCCAAUGUUUAUGGCUUCAAAUGGCUGCUAAACGGGUACGACGUCUCCAACAAAAUGGACGAGAUCAAGACUCAUUCUGAGGCCCGAAGUGGCCCAGAUGGAACGACGCUUUACAGCGCCGCCAGCUUCCUCACGCUCGAGCCCAACCAGUUGUCACCUGACGCCAACAUCACGUGCGAGUUUAAAGGGAGAGACGCUCACGGAGACAUUUUUGUGUCGGCAUAUUUUGCCCAGAAUUGUAACCCGAAUUCAUCUGUUACGACAGAUGUGACAUUCCCUGACGUGGAUGUAAACGUCAAGAUCGUGGGCCCCACUCCGGACGAGAUGUUUUUGCAGAGACAAGGAACGGUCAUAUGUGAAGUCAAAAUCAACAAGCCGUCCGUGAAGAGUAUUUCAUGGGAGAACCAGGACGGCAAGAAAAUGGCGGAUACCUUGAUAUCCCUCCAAUCCGGCCAAACGGGCGUAUUUCGCUCUUUGCUUGAACUGACGUACGACGAAUGGAUAAAUACUGAAAGGCGCAACUGCGUUGUGCUGCGUACAGAUACGGGGAGCGCGAUGAAGGUAUCCUACCAAAGAUAUGCGGGUCAACCACCCCGGCGUCCUACACUUUUUAUGAUGGCUCCACUGGAAGAUAUUCAAACAAAAACGGUUACCCUGACUUGCUUUGCAAAAGACUUCUUCCCUCGCGACGUUCUGUUGAGGUGGCUUGUUAACGACGAGCCCGUUGGCCCCACCUACAUUCACAGGACCACCAACCCCUUAGAAAACCAAGGCUCCUAUUCGGUCUAUGGCCAGUUAACGAUCAGCCUUGAGGAGUGGGAAAAACUAAACCUGGUCUACAGCUGUAUGCUUUACCACAAAUCUCUGAGCAGCACCUCCAAUGUCAUUGUCAGGGCCAUUACGCACACGUCCGGCGGAAGCAAUGCGGCCAACUUCAGGAUCACGGACCCUGAAUUGUGCAAGACUCACUGGAACUGGAAUCUUAGUCAAGUUUCAGCAGUGAGUACUGUGCUGCCAGACAUUGCUCCAGACUUGACAUUGUAUCCGCUUUUGGAGGAUGAAUUCGGAGCCCCUACCAUCAAACUUUUGUGCAUCAUAAACGGCUUCUUUCCGGACACACUGAGCAUCGAGUGGCUACGGGACAACCGAAAAGUAGCUGCCGCACGGACCACCACCAGGAAAUAUCAGCGUGUGGCGGAAGAAGCCCAAACCUUCACUCUGCUCAGCGAAUUUGAGCCGACCGCGGGAGAAUGGAAGAGUGGCUCGGAUUUUACAUGCAAGUCGAUUCAAAACGAAAAAGAAAUGAUAAAGUCCAUCAGUAUUUGUGAAACUCCGGCAAACGACCCCCCUUCCGUCCAUGUGGAGCUUCCCGGCUUCAAGGCGGUCAUGACGGAAACGUCUGACGUGACAGCGGUCUGCACGGUGCGCACCGCGCUAGAUGUCGUCGUCACGAUGCUGGCGGAGGGCAAAACAGCCACUUAUAACCAAACCGGCCAGUACAACAACGCAUCCCACGUCGUCAGUAAUCUGACCGUAUCGGCAGACGAGUGGAAACAAAUGAAGAGUGUGAAAUGUAAAGCGGAGCACCGCUGCUUCUCGGACGUCGAGGAGAUCAUCGCUGUGUCAGAGCCCGCGGCGAACGCUCCGUCGGUGGCGAUCAGAAGAUCUCUUGGCGAACGGCAGAAGGACGACGCAGCCGUAUUUGAAUGUGACGUCACGCAACUUGAUGCCGUCGACCUCUACGUCACCCUUCAGGCCGACGCCGUGGAUAUUUCGGACAAACGCUAUGUCGCACUCUCUAAACUGCCUGGCCCACAUUCCAUCAGUCUGUAUUUCAGCGUGCCAAAGUCGUUCGUGAAGCACGACUCGCGUUUCACCUGUAAAGUGAACCAGGGCUUCUCCGGCAUCUUCCACUCCAAACCCAUUGACAACGUUUUCGCGGAGCCAUCAAUGGAGCUCUUUCUGGCCCCCGGCGAAGAAGAGUCAAAGCCUCAGAGACUCCUUUGCUCCGGAUGGGGCUUUAAUCCUCGGAUCAAAUGGUACACGGGGUCUCAACAAAGAACGCCAUCAACGAACGACAUCAGCAUGAGUGCGGAUGGGCGUGUGGCUGUGGCCAGUCGAGUAGACAUCGAGCAAGAAGAAUGGCAAACCGGCAAAAAAUUCACUUGUGAAGUGUCUGAUAGAUGGCUGAAUAAAAAUGUCACCAAAACCAUCAACGUCUGCUCCGUAAUUCCACCAUCAGCUCAAAAAGUUGCGGUAUAUAUUCAAGGACCGCCGCUCACGGAGUCGCAGCAGAGGGAUCAAGUGACCGUCACUUGUCUUGUGAUCGGCGUGCGUCUGGAUGAUUUCGCCAUCUCCUGGAAAGUAGACGGGAAGAAAUAUUUCCACGAUUCCCAUACGGAGAAGCCAACCAGUCACGACAAUGGCACACAGUCCCUUCGGAGCUUCUUGGAUGUGUUAGCGAGUGACUGGGAUGCAUAUAAACAAGUGUCUUGCGAGGGAAAACACAAAUGUUCCAAUCGGGGAUACGAGGGCCGUGUCAGCAAAAGCAAAGACUCGCAUCCGCCAACAGUGCGCAUCGUACCACCUACCAUCUCUGAGCUGUCAACCUCCAAUAACCUCACGCUGACUUGCCUGGUUUCUGGGUUUUUCCCCGAUAACAAGAUAGCGCACUGGGAGAAAGACGGUCAAAGACUGCCCACGAGUUCAUACACCAACAGCCCUUCAUGGAUCGACAGCAGCGGUAGCGGCACUUUUUCAAUGCUCAGCAGACUCGACGUAUCAAAAAGCGAGGAUCGGGGAGCCAGAUAUUCUUGUUGUGUCAAACAUGAGUCAUCGGAAACACCCGUUCGAAGCACAAUAGAGAAUGUGUUUGCCCCAGUCACUCCCAGCCGACCUUCAGCCGUUUUGCUGCGUGGUUCAGGCGAACUUGUGUGCCUGGUGUUCGGCUUCAGUCCCGCAUCCAUUAACAUCUCCUGGUAUCUUGAUGACGCCAAUGAGCUGUCUUACUUCAACACUAGUCAACCCAGCAGAGGUCCCGAUGGAAAGUUCAGCAUCCAGAGCCGCCUUCGGCUGUCCCAAAUUGACCUGUUACCCGGGGUGGUCCACACCUGUAGAGUAACACACGCAACCCUCACGCUGACCUUGAAUGUAACGAAUCCAGUGAUCUUACCAGAUUGCAAUGUCUUGGAUGACAUUGCUGAUGCAGUUGUCAAUCAAGAUAUCAAUGUGGAAAGCUGGUAUAUGUCUGCCACAUUUCUUGCGCUAUUUCUCAUCUCCAUUGUGUACGGUGUCUUGGCCACCUUGGUAAAGACUAAAUAGCUCUGACAUCAGAACGUGUGCGACUGAAUUCUUCUAACAUGGAUCAUUUGCUGAUUGUCAAACAAUGUGUGAGGUGGCCACCAACUUUGUGGCUUGUCCGUAUAAAAUGAUAUUUCAUACCAACGUAUACCGAAGCAAUCCAAAAAAUAGGAUGACAUCAGAGCAACGUGAUUGGACAUUAAGUAAAUGUCAUGGCAUAAAAAAUAAACUACUAAGACGCAAAAUUUGUUCUUUUGUUGGAUGGUUAGUUUUUCCAAUUAUAAAUAAUCAUCGAAUAGUGACCUAGCGGGAAACACAACAGCAGUGAUUCAAACUGACCACUAGAGGACGCCAAAGCUCGAACUUGAGCAUUGGCGGCUUGAAAGCUUUACGAUCACCUGAGACGCAAAACUGAAAAUAAUGUUUGGCCUUGAUGGUACUACUGCAGAGUAUAAAGAGAAACGUUCACUUGAAUCAAGAGAUGAGUUUUGUCUCUUUUUUCCCCCCAACGCCUGCAUAUUUAUACACAAGUAUGUGCACACUCCCACUAUGUAAACACUGUCUGUGUUUUGUGUAUAUGGUGGGUUUAUGGAAUUUCCAUCAGGGAGGGAUGGCACUCUGCACAUCCAGGAUCACUAUUGGCUAGCUCUGGAAUAAUUUGCUUCUGUCUGUGUAUGAUUGGCUGGGGACCUGAGGGAGCCUGCCCAAAUCGCUGACGCUGUUGCUGGGAUGCGGACACAGCACACUGAUGCCAACCGAAUUGCCAAGGGGCCGGCAAUCGGGAAGCAUGGCAUCAGGCCCAGCAGGCUGCCUGAGACAGGGUCACUUGUCUAUGGCCACUAGAGUGUCCCAUACUCAGAAAAAACCUGAACUUUGAUUGGCCAACUCAAUGCAUGCUGUAGAAUUCUUUUGCAGAUGUGGGGUCAUGAGUAAGAAUAUGUAUUGCAUCAGGGUCAAAAAGUUGUAAACUAUCUUAUUGAUCAUCGAGCAGACUGCUUGGAAAAAAAAACUUUACAAUUGGUGGCAUUAAAAAAGUUCAUUCUU